AUGAACUCGUUUGUCUCUAACUCACCGCUUAAUGGAACUCCAGUGAGCGAGGCGCCUGUUGUAAGCUCCGAACCCGUGAACAUGUUUGAGACAAUGGUAGCCAACCCUAUCAAGGUGUCUCGGUUACAGUCCAAUGGAGUGCUGACGGGACCUGCGGCCAAUACUAAGUCCAUCCACUACUCGCUGGCGAAUUUUAAUGUGUUCCAGUCGCUGCCCAAGGAAACAGCCAGAGGUGUAGACGAUUUGACAAGGAUGGAAAUGGCAUUGCUAAGUGGAAUACCGGAGGAAGUCAAGUGGUCGUUGAAAAAGUACCUUACAUAUAGCAACAAAGCGCCAUAUAUGAUUAGCUUACGGACAUUACCGGACCUGUUGCCGCUCUUCAAGACGUUUAUAUUACCUUUAGAGCGCAUCGUGGAGGGUCUAAACAAGUCGACCAUAUGUGAUUCGGAUGCGAUGGAUACUUUGCAAAUGGGGCUAAAUGCGCUGCUAAUCCUAAGAAAUUUGGCUCAAGACACCGACUCCGUACAAGUACUGGUUAAAGAUACAGAAAUCAAAUCUUUUAUUCUUUUUGUCUUGAAGAAGUUUCAAUGUGUUGCCACAGGAGACAGUGAGUGGCAGUUGUACGAAGGUAAUGCAACCUUUUUCAACGAGUUGACGCACUAUACUCUAGAUCUGAUGGAAGCCAUUUCCUCCUACAUUGCCCCUGCUAUGAAGGAUGAUCAUUAUUUCCAAACGUUAGUGUCAAUCUUGAACUAUACCAAGGAUAGGUACAUGGUUAUCUCCAUACUAAGAUCUCUUUCAAGGUUACUGGUUAGAUCCAAGGCCAAUGAAGAAAGUGCAGCAGACAACCUAGACCAUAAGACUCUUUCGUUGAUUGUUUCCUUCUUGCUGGUGGAAUGUGAUAGUGAGCUUAUUAUUGCAUCGCUGGAUUUUCUUUAUCAGUACAUUUUGCCCGGUUCUCAAAGAAUUACAGAAUUAUUUAGGAGUAAGGAAUGCUCUUUGAUACUGGAGGCCACGCUACCCAAUUUGCUAUCCUAUAAUGUUGCCAUACCAGAUUACAGUCUAUUGCAGAAGCACAAAAUUAAGUUGGUUAAAAGAUUGAAACCCCCGGCUCCUAAAGAGCCACCAAAUUUAUCGGAUGAUCUGUUUCAACAACUCUUCAAACUAAACGAACCGUUAAGGUCAACUACUUGGUUGAGGUGUUGCUUUGAACCAGUACAGGAAGCGGAAUUCACGCAAAUAUCACUUUGGAGAUCCUACGAAUCCAAAUUUGGUCAGCCUGUUCGGGAAUCCGGACGUAAACUCCUGCCAGCCGUAGAAUUCAUCAAGAAUGUGUCGAAUGCUUUCAACAACGCUGCUGCAAUUGUCAUCACUGACCCAGUGACCGGUAAGAAAAGGUUUGUUAUCAAGGGCAUUCAACCUAGAUUCAAAGCUUUGAGCAUUGCAGAUGGCGAGAAAGAAUCUCAGAUACCAAUUUCGGCGUUGAAAUCUAAGUUUUUGGACGACUCUGAGGAAAUUACACCCGCAAGACAAAACAGUAUACCCGACGUAAAGUUUCCCAAACAACUCUCCGACGUCUCUAAAGUCGCAUGCACAUUUUUGUGCCUGUUGUCCAACGACACGGAUGAUGGAGUCGGUUCCACAUUUUGUCAGCAUAUUAGACCAUUGGUUCUACAUAAGUUGGCGGAUAUCCCACCUUUAACAUUGGCAUUGUCUGAAUACAUGGAAAAUACGUCAGGGUUAUGA